AUGAAAAUCAACGAGCAAACUGAACGGGAAACGAGAGGCAAUGAACAUGGUAAAGAAAUAUGCAUGACAGCCGGGUCUAUCUACGCUUAUGGAACACUUUUAUUCACGCUUUCCGGCGCAUUUCUAGUUCUCGUGGGAUUUGUCAUGCCCUACUGGGUUACAUUCGACUAUAAACCAUGUAUUAGCAACAGAGCGUACGAGGUGACCGUGUAUGUUAGUAUCUGGUACUGCAUGGUGUGCGAUAUGGACAAACCAACUUAUUGCCGCAUGAAAGGUAUAACGCUGCACCCGGGUGGCACCUUCAAAUUCAGCCAGCUUUCUGGAUGUGACGCGGAGGAGCUUGCUGGUCAUCUAGCUUCUGGAAUGGGUGACUUCCAGUUGUGGACGCCCGUACCGAUAGUGACGUCAUUUGGCCUAGGCAUGAUAUUCGUGGCCGCAAUUAUGGUAGAGGUCUGGAGAUGUGCAGGUUACAGCAACAAAAAGUUUGUCACCGCCAUAUGUUGUUUCCUUUUCGUUGGAGGAGUUGCUGUACUAUCCAUGGUGAUACUAGUAUCCAUCGGCGUGGCCAGAUCAUUUGACGUCCCAAAUAAGGAAAAUAUAAAGGUCGGAACGUUUCAAUGGUCGAUACUCACAUCCGGUAUUGGUUCCCUGGUGGUACUCGCGGGAGGCGUUCUGGCGGCAAUAGAGGUUUGCUCAUGGAGGGAACCAGCAAAAAGGGGCAACGACUUUGAUAACGUGAGAAAUAUUGAACCAGGGUCUUCAUCGCACGCAAACCCAGGUUUUACUGGUGAUGUUCCUGAUAGGGAUACUGCGUAUUCAUUUUAUAGUGGCACACACGAUAACCAUGGAAGUCCUCGAGACAAAGCAGGGUAUUCAGCUGCCAAUUCAAGGCAACGAUUUGCAGAUUCUGAUAAUAAUGUUGGUAGGGAAGGUGCAUAUGUAUAUCUUGCUCGUUCCAUUGAUAACAAUGCAAGGCCUUACUAUGCGUCCUCAAACCAACGGUUCACUGAUAAUGAUGUUGUUAAGGGUGAUGCAUACGGUAACUAUGGAAGGUCGUCCUCUGCGCACUCAAAGCAACGUUUCACUGAUAAUGAUGUUGUUAGGGGUGAUGCAUACGGUAACUAUGGAAGGUCUUCCUCUGCGCACUCAAAGCAACGUUUCACUGACUAUGAUGUUGUUAGGGGUGAUGCAUAUAGUAACUAUGGAAUGUCGUCCUCUGCGCACUCACACCAACGUGUCACUGGUUAUGAUGUUGUUAGGGGUGAUGCAUAUGGUAACUAUGGAAGGUCGUCCUCUGCGCACUCACACCAACGUGUCACUGGUUAUGAUGCUGGUAGGGGUGGUUCGUACGGUAACUAUGGAAGGCGACCUGGGGUAACAGGUCAAGCAGAGCAUAGAAACUACCGGGAACCAACCUACCAAGCUGACGUUGUAUAUUCGAAGCCAAGACACAUUUCUCGUUUCAAUCUUUAAUUAUGUUUAUACGUAUAUCGUUUGUUUCAUGUAAUCACAAAGUUUCAAGAUGAAGUUAUAAAAAUUAUGACUGA